UUUUGACUUGGGCUUCAUGCAAGGCGAACCUGUGGAAAACAAACUCUUUGAGUUUUAAACCGCUGGAGACAACAUAACUGCAAACUGAUCAUUUGGAAAAACAAAAGAACAACAAAGAACAACACAACUUCUGAAUCACUGUUCAACAACUAUUGUGGUGAAAGGAAGAGCUUGGGAAUGGCCGAUCGUCCACCUGGUGGUACACCGGAGGAGCACCUCCCGGAUUUACCGAGGGGACGCAUCCAACAAGGCCGUGUAGACAACUUCCCACGUCCUGCAGAACCGCGCCUCCCUGAAGAGGAAGGUAAGUAUAGCAUUGGUCACCGUUUUCCCCCUCUCAGAGAAGAUGAACAGCAAUUUGAGGACACCGAUGACGACUCAGAGGAUGAAGACGACUGGCUUGACCGGUCUGUAGAUCCUGGGUCUGGGUCCAUGUCUGAAGAGGACGAAAAUGCAGAGGAAGAGGAGCAAGAGGAUGUUGAAAAUUAUGGUGAUGGUAAUGGUGAUGGUAAUGGUUACAGUGAUAGUGAUGGUGAUGGUGAUGGUAAUGGUAAUAGUGAUGGUGAUGGCAAUGGUGAUGGUAAUGGUUAUAGUGAUGGUUAUAAGGAUGGUUAUUUUGAUGGUUAUAGGGAUGGUUUUGGUUAUGGUAAUAUGAUAGGUAAUGUUAAUGAUGGUGGUUUUAGUUAUGGUUAUAAUCUUGGCUAUAGUGUUGGUUAUAGUUAUGGUUAUAGAGAUGGUAAUAGGAAUAUUAAUAGUUAUGGUAAUAGGGAUGGUAAUGGUGAUGGUGAUGGUAAUGGUAAUAGGGAUGGUAAUGGUGAUGGUGAUGGUAAUGGUGAUGGUAAUGGUGAUGGUAAUGGUGAUGGUGAUGGUAAUGGUGAUGGUAAUGGUUAUAGUGAUGGUGAUGGGGAAUGGUAAGGUGAAUGGUAUGGGUGAGGUAAUGGUGAUGGUAAUGUGUUAUAGUGGAUGGUUGAUGGUAAUGGUAAUGGUGAUUGGUAAUGGUGAUGGUAUGGUGAUGUUAAUGGGUAUAGUGGAUGGUGAUGGACGGGUGAAUGGUAAUGGUAAUGGUAAUGGUAAUGGUUAUGGUAAUGGUUUAUGAUUGAAAAUGGUGAUGGUGAUGGUAAUGUGAUUGAUGAUGGGAUUGGGGGGGGGGUGGUGGGUAAUGGUUAUCUGAUGGUUAAUGAAUGUAUCUUGAUGGUUAUAGGGUGGUUUUGGUUAUGGUAAUAUGAUAGUAAGU